UUCUCAGUCCAUCUCUCUCCACUAGUGCGUCGUGUCAUUCCGCGCGUCGGUCUAGUACUGAACAGUUAUACGAGAAACCUUUUCGUGUCGUGUUUGAAUGAGCGAUACGGUCGAUUUUUGUAUUUGAUAUGCGAAUUGCGUAGCGUUUACGGUUGAUCUCGACGCGACGCCGUGAAUGGAGCAGUCCUAGUUUUUUGGGCGUUUGAAAUCGGACACCGCUGUAACGUCUCCCCUCAGCGCGGAGGGAUACACCGUUGGGCUGACAAUGUGGACGGUGCUAAAAUGUCUACUCGGAAGAUGAGAUGUUACGUCGGUAGCGCUCAAAAGAAUUAGAAUAUAAGUUUGUGCGGAGCAAGGGUUGAGCAGAGUCGCGUUGCAACAAGUCUUCUAACGCGAACCCGCUCGAGAUUCCCGGGAAAUAGGGCGCGUUUUUGCACCGUGGUUUUGCGGGACCCGUGACGCGGAGGGGGGAAAUUUUGUCCCCCAACUUUUCUGUUUUUCCUCUCGGACUGAAGCGCGGCUCUGUCCCGUUGGAUGCCGCGCGCUUGAAGCGACAUACGGAUUACUAUAAAGCCUGAGAGAACUCAGACAAAGGAUAUUGUUUGCGACGCACAGAAUGACGACGGUGGGGACCGACAUGGAACUGAACGACCUGCUGGAUUUUAGUGUUAUGUUUCCUCAUCCGGUGUCAAAUGGGAAGACCAGAGGCCCGCCGUUACCCAACUCUCAGUUUGGAUUGGAUGAAAGAAACGGCCCAGGCUCCUGGGGCUCGGGAGAAUCCAACAGUCCCUCCUACAACAUACGAGCGUAUGGAGAUCAUUAUCCUGACGAUGGCCUGACAUCUUCUCCGUUGUACAAUUUGGGCCUUGACGGUAAAUCUGAGCGAGGUUACCCGUUUGGCACGCAGUCACAGCUCCUGGCAGGUGAUAUGGUGUCUGGUUCAGAUGUGUACAGCUCUCAUAACAACCGCAGGAGGUUGCCGGACUCCAACAUAGAUGCACCGCCAAAAAAGAUCCGUAAGGUUCCUCCUGGCCUGCCGUCAUCGGUGUCAUCGCAGGUGUAUCAGGGUGCCACAAGUGAUGACUACAACCCCGGAUCCAAACCGGGAAACCUCUACCCCUUUUACAUGCAGGAUGGGAUUCCAGAACACUGGGGACAAUCUGGAUAUUCACCUGUUAUGAAUCCUCCUCACAUCGCUCAGCCGGCCCCGUUCAUGAACACACAGAAGCGCCAGCCACUGCCCUUGUCCCCUCAGAACUACCCUCUACAUGGGAGCGACGUCAACAUACCCGCGAGCUUCCACACCGCUUCUGCUGGAUACGGAGUUCCCAACCACACACCGCCCAUAAACGGAACAGAGAGCAUCAUGGCAGCGAGCAGGGCUGGAAACGCGGUGAGCUCGGGCGCCGAGAUCGGAAAAGCGCUGGCCUCGAUAUAUUCCUCGGACAAUAACGGAGGCAGCUUCCCGUCCACUCCAUCCCCUCCUGUUGGUUCUCCUUCAAAUGUUGCCGCCUCAGCAUCUCAGUGGUCCAAAGGUUCAUCUCAAGCAGCUCCAUCGCCUGGUUUUGAGCCGGGACUGCAAACAUCAAGUAAGAUGGACGACCGUCUGGGUGAAGCGCUGCAUGUGUUGAGGAAUCACGCGGUCGGUGCAGAGGGGCUGGUUGCGGAUCUGCAGAGUUUGAGCGCUUCCGUCUCCGGUCAUCCGGGCGCGGCGGCGGCUCUGGGCUCCAUUAGUCAAGCUUUCGGGCUCGUCAAUCGACUGCAGGGCCUGAUGGCAAACCACAGCGACGACUCUACAGGUUUACCUGCUCUUCUGCAGGGACUUCACGGCAAUCACCAGGCUCCGCCCACAUCCCAAUCCGACAGCUUCACUGGUCUUUCGGGCGGUCUCUCUCGCUCCUCUCACGCCUCCAGCUCUGAUGUGAAGAACGAAGACAACGAAGAUGAUGAGAACGUGUCUAUCGGUGAUAAAUCGGAGAAAGAUGGAAAGAGUCGCACGAGAUCAAGACAGUCAUCACUCGUGGCAGUGAUUGAAAACCUGGAGAAGCAUCUCGUGCUUUUAAAUCAAGACGACGAGGACGAUGAGGACGAUGAGGAUUUGCCGGUGGAGGUGAAGGCGGAGCGGGAGAAAGAGCGGCGCGUGGCCAAUAACGCGCGCGAGCGUUUGCGCGUGCGCGACAUCAACGAGGCCUUCAAAGAGUUGGGCCGCAUGUGUCAGCUGCACCUGAGCAAUGAGAAACCGCAGACCAAACUUCUCAUCCUGCAUCAGGCCGUUAACGUUAUUCUCAACCUGGAGCAGCAAGUGAGAGAGCGUAAUCUGAACCCAAAGGCCGCGUGUCUGAAGAGGAGAGAAGAAGAGAAGGUCACAGGAGAUCCUCAGAUGUUGUCCGGUUUGGGUGGAGAUGGACACAGCCAUAUGUAACGUAUAGAUGAUGGAUGACAAGCUCUCCGUUGACGUGGCCUUAAUCUUCCUGUUAUAGAUCCAGUGUCUACACACAUACACACACAUUCUUGAUUUAUAUAUUAUAAACAGAUGUGUUGAGAGACUCUUACACACACACACACACACAGUACAUACACACUUGAGCUGCUCGUGUGGCUCUACAGUAAGUUUGUACUCGACACACACACACACAUGCAAUCAACAUCAUGGACCAUUAAUGGAUAUCACACAUUAGAAACAGCGUUUGAAGGGUCUGGAAAGCCCUGCUGUUGACUAACAUUUACAGUGUGCUGUUAUAUAGCACAUAUGCAUCUACCCAUGAGCCUUUUGUAUUAAACACAAGGUCAAGCUCCGCUGAGGGAACACCAUUCAUUUUUUUUGUAAAACACGUAGUCGAGUCGACUUUCUUUUGUACCGCUUUGUGUCGAAGACGUAGAAAUUGAACCAAUGGUCAGUUCGCAUUUUGCCACCGAUGGAAUAAAUGAAAUCUGGCAGGAACACACGAGGCUGAUAUUUCACCUGGAAAUCUAGAGAGAGAUGGUUUUGCUUAAAUGAAGCCCGCAUUUUCUCUCCACUCUCAUGAAUUGAAUGGCAGAACAGUUUAUAUGUGGAGUUGUCACAUCUGUCAUGGGAGUAUUUUAAUUCAGAUUGAUGGGAAAUCAAAUCUGUGUGCGAUUGUAAAAAAAAAAACUGUAAGUUAAAUACAGUACAGCAUUACAGUCGUUCAGAUUUUGAGGGAAAUGAGCUUAAAUUGUCAUAAAAUGCCACACUGCCAAUAGUCCUAAAAAGUACAAAAUAUUAUUGUUGUUUUCUUUUGAUUUUGGAGUGAACUGUUUUUCUUUCCCCUUUAGUAGCCUUUUGGAGAGCGCUGCAUGAUGCUUAGUCUGGUUCUUUUUCUUUACAAGCUAUUGCUUUUCUCUCUUUACAAACUGAAGCACAUGCAUCACCUGCAGAAAACCACUUCACGACUCAACGUUUGAGCAUUUCAGCAACGUGUCGUCGCUUUCCUCUCUUUCAGAGCAGAUGUAUGAAAUGAUCUGAAGCCGACCCGAGCUUUGAUUUCUCUUUCUGCUCGCACGCCUCACAAACAGAUUAUUAUCUGAUCGUUGCUAAAAUGUCAGGGGUGUUUGUGCAUUUUAUCGACUUUAACAAUUCGUCCAAAACUGAAUUUGCUGCCACUUCUUGUCAAUGUUUCUACACAACGUAGAGAAAUCUAGAUUGUGAAAUUUUUACAAGAUGACCCUUGGGUUGUAAAACUUUUUCUUUUUUUUAUUACUUUUUUAUAAAGUUCUGUUAAAUGUUUGUGUGUUUACUUAUUUGUUUUUGUUAUUAUCUGUGUUGAUUAAAAUGUUAGAUGAAUCUAGUGCUGAAGUAUGCCAGGAACAAAUGAUGCUUCAUAUUUCUGUUGUAAUUCUGAUCUCUUUUUAUAACGGGAGCGCGUGGAAUGAUGAUCGUACACGUGCUAAUUUCGCGUUCUCACACAAAGAUAUUCCUUAUCGUUUAUAAGGCGAACGAGCACUGUGUUUGUGCCCAGAUUUGAAAAAAAAAACCCAACAGCGGUUUCAUUGGUAGACGUCAUGUUUUUUGUUCCAAAACGAAAGGAAGCACAGUACUCUAGAGAUCAUUGUUUUUCUUUAUUUGUACUAACAUUGUCUUUUAUAAGUAAAAGAUGAUUAUAUGAAUUGUUCUGGUUUAUUAACUCUUAAAGGAGCGAGAGUGGCCUUCUGCAUUCUCCUGAUGGGGAGUGAUUAAUGUACUCGUGCCUGCAUCUCUUCUGUUCAGUUUUAUUCUGGAGUCAGUCGGGUUUUUACUCAAACAGUCUUGUGGCUUCACUUGAGAAUAUUUUAUAAAUUCACAUGAAGAGGGACAUCAGAAUUCCAGAUGUAUGUUAAGUGAAUUCUUGCUCCUCUGAGCAAAAUAAAGUACUUUCUUUGUAAACGUAA